GUGCGACCGUCUGAAACUAAUCUUGUCUGCUUGGUUAUCUGUCUGAAACGCUGUCCCUGUCUAUCGUUCUCUCUCUCUCUCUCUCUCUCUCUCUCUCUCUCUCUCAUCCUGCCUACCUACAUCAUGGCGUAACACCCACCACACCACACUGCACCACCACCACCACCAUCUCCACUGUCCGUGUCCGUUCAUAGGCCAGCAGGUGUGGGCCGUGAUUGGCGGUCGCGUCGCCAUGACAACGAGGGAGGGAGCAGCGCCGCGUCAACAAGUGAAAGGCGAGAGGGAGGGACAGCGCCGUCAGUUCUACCCCGAGGCGUUCAGGGGAAGCACUCACACGCCCGCCAGAUUUCGAACCGAGCGGGUGAGGGAGGAUGUGCUGACCCCGCGCAGCUUCCUAGCACGAACCUGAAGGGCGGUAGAACUUUGCAGUGUGCGUUGUGGUGGUGCUGCCGGCGGGUCUCCUUCAUGAGAAGGAUUCCGUGAUCGCGAGGAACACCAGAGAAGAUAACGAGAAGUGUGAGAUAGAGAGAGAGGAGAAGGAGGAGGGGAGUGAUCGUGGUGGAGGCGAGAUGAAGACGAGGUUAAAGUUCCUGCCGCCGCCGCUGCUGCCGCUGCUGCUGGUGGGGCUGCCCUCCCUCGUCUCGGGCCAAUGCUUCGGCGGGACUCUGACCAUGGAGAAGACAGUGGGAGUGACCUUCAAUGAGCCUUCCACGCCGCUCUUUAACAACCUGGACGCGGCGAUUACCAGCGACUGCAACGGGUUCUGCAAGGACAGCCCCCAGUGUCAAGGCUUCAGUGUCGAAUAUGAAAAGUCCACAUGCGUCGCCUAUGACCGGAGUUCCUCGGGGCGCCGCUCCUCGCUGGUGGCCAAGCCGGGGUUCAACUACUUCGAGAAGAUCUGCCUGACGGGGGGGUCGCCGCAGCUGGACUACAACCAGUUGUGCGGGCAGGAGCGGCUGUGGUCCUUCGAGCGAGUGUUGGACUCCUUCCUUGAGGGUCACGACAACAAGACCUUCCCCAACGUGGACAAGCGCGCGGACUGCCUCAAGCUGUGCCUCGCCGAGACGGAGUUCGUGUGCAGGUCCUGUGAGUACGACAUCACGCAGAAGCUGUGCCGCCUGAGCCGCGAGGACCGCAGGACCAAGCCGGCGGACUUCGUGUCGUCGCCAGGAUCCUUCAUCGAUUACAUGGAGAACCAGUGUGUGAUGCCGCUGCCCGACUGCCGCUACGUGGUCCAAAACGAGGUGAUGGUGGUGUCCAUGGACGCCCUCGAGUUCGCCAACAUCCAGAGUGACUGUGAGAGUCUGUGUGACACGACGCGCAUCAUGAACUGCCGCGCCUACACCUUCGAUCCCCAGGAGAAGAGGUGUUACCUCUCCGGGGACGACUCGGUGUCCCUCAACCAGACUGUGCUGCCGCUCAAGACUGGCGUGCUGACCGGCGAGAAGCAGUGCACCGUCAGUCAGUGCGAACAGGACCAGGGUACCAUCAUCUACGAGAAGAUCACGGGUCAGACUGUACGGACGGCGCGAGAAUCCGCCUACCAGCUGGACACGAGCCCUGGCGGACUGAGCGAGAAGUGCGCCCGCCGCUGCCACGAGGACUCCGGCGAGUGUCCAGCCUUCGCCGUGGACUACGUGCUGGGACGGUGCUUCCAGCUGGACCGCAACACACAGGGACGCAACACGGACAUCAUCAGCUCGCCCGGCAAGAGUUACUUCGAAAAAAUAUGUGUGCGAGCCAAGUUGCCGCCGCAAUGCAUUGACCGAGUGUGGCAUUUCGAACGCGCGCCGGGCAUGGAGCUGCGGGGCCUCGACGACCGCCAGCAGACUCUCGUGCAGAGCCGCCGCGACUGUAUAGAGGCGUGCAUCCAGGAGACCGGCUUCCUGUGCAGGUCUGCUGAGUACGACUCUGUGCAGCUCGUGUGUCGCCUCAGCCGCAGCGACCGACGCACCCACCCCGACAGCUACGUGGAGGCCGCCUCGCCCAGCACAGAGUACCUGGAGAACCAGUGCAUCCCUGUGGACGACAGAUGCCCUUACCGCAAGACAGAGGGCGCCUACCCUGUCUACCUGGACGACACCAUCGGCGGCGUACUGACGGAGCAGCAGUGCCAGAGGUCCUGCACCAACUACCGCAAGUUCAACUGUCGAUCGCUGUCCUUCUACCCCGCCGGGUCGCAGUGCUUUAUCUCCGGCGACGACAAGGCGUCCGGAGGAGGCACUGCAGCCCUGCAGAACAGACCCGGCACCACCUACUUUGAGAGGGACUGCAGGGGUGGCGGCGGCGUCGGAGGCGGCGGCGGCAUCGGAGGCGGCGGCGGCAUCGGAGGCGGCGGCGGCAUCGGAGGCGGCGGCGGCGUCGGAAGCGGCGGCGGCGGGGACGACCGAGACAAUGGAGUCACGGGAGGAACCGGUGGAGGAGGCACAGGAGGGGGCGGCACCACGGUGAACCAGCGACCCCCGAUACGCCCCACCACCUUCAGGCCACGCCCUGGCGGAGGUGGAUUUUCCUUCGCAGUAGAUCGGUGCAGAUUAGGCAGCCUCACCUACGAGAAGGUCACGGGCUACGAGCUCACCGGGGUCAAGUCCAACAUCCUCAACUCCAGCCUCGUCCCAGGCAUCACCCAGAACUGUGCCGACGCCUGCAAGAACGCGGACGGCUGCAUGGCCUUCAAUCUGGACUACAACAGGUUCGAAUGCUACGCCCUCGACACGGGGUCCUCCGAGAAGCCGCAGAACCUCCGCCAAUCCAGCGGCGCCGCGUACUUCGAGGCUGUGUGUCUGAGAAGGGGUGGGUGCGGCCUGCUGUGGACCUACGAGAGAAUACCAAACUUCGAGCUGGUGGGCAGAGAUCGUGAAACCUUGAACGGCAUCAGCAAGUCGGAGUGCAUGGAGCGGUGUCUGGAGGAGCGGCGGUUCGUGUGUCGCUCCGUCAGUUACGAGUACUCCAACCGCGUGUGUCGCCUCUCCGUCCACAACCGGUUCUCGGCUCGCAACUCCUUCCAGGCCGCGCCAAAUGUGGACUACAUGGAGAACCAGUGCGCUCCCAAACCUCGCGACUGUGUGUACGGCAACAACCAGCGUGACCGCUACCUCAUCUACACCACCAAGACCACCUCAGCCUUCACGGACGCCACCUGCCGCAGGGCGUGUGAUCUGGAGGAGAGCUUCAACUGUCGCUCCUACUCCUUCCUGAGCAUGAGCAACACGCAGACCAACCAGUGUUACCUGAGCGGCGACACGGGCACGGACGCAGGGAACAACGCCUUCCAGUUCAUGCGAGGCGCCAUGUUCGCAGAGAAGCAGUGCAGAGACUUCACCACAGGUGGAGGUGGAGGUGGCUUUGGUGGAACGGGAGGAUCCGGAGGUGGUGGAAGUGGUGGUGGCGUUGGUGGAUCAGGCUUUGGAGGAGGUGGAUCAGGGAUAGGAGGCACUGGUGGAGGAAGUGGAGGAGGAUUUGGAGGCUUUGGUGGAGGCAGACCAGGCUUUGGUGGAGGAGGAAGUGGAUCAGGCUUUGGUGGAGGGAGUGGAGGCAGACCAGAUUUUGGGGGUGGAGGAAGUGGAACAGGCUUUGGUGGAGGUGCAGGUAGACCAGGAUUCGGUGGAACAGGAAGUGGAGGAGGAUUUGGUGGAGGAGCAGGUCGACCAGGUUUCGGCGGAGGAGGAAGUGGAACAGGCUUUGGUGGAGGAAGUGGAGGCAGACCAGGUUUUGGAGGUGGAGGUAGUGGAACAGGCUUCGGUGGAGGUGCAGGUAGACCAGGAUUCGGUGGAACAGGAAGUGGAGGAGGAUUUGGAGGCGGUGCAGGUAGACCAGGAUUCGGUGGAGGAGGAAGUGGAAUAGACUUUGGUGGAGGAGCAGGUCGACCAGGAUUCGGUGGAGGAGGAAGUGGAAUAGACUUUGGUGGAGGAGCGGGUCGACCAGGUUUUGGUGGAGGAGGAAGUGGAACAGGAUUUGGUGGUGGUGCAGGUAGACCAGGAUUCGGUGGAGGAGCAGGUGGAUCAGGCUUUGGUGGAGGAAGUGGAGGAGGUGGAGGUUUUGGCAUUGGAUUCGGAGGUGGUGGAGGUGACAGAGACUUCGGUGGAGCAGCAGGUCCUGAUCUAGACAGCGGAGGAGGCAGCGUUGGUGGUGGAGGUGUUGGUGGUGUUGGUGGUGUUGGUGGUGGUGUUGGUGCAGGAGGAGAUCCUGAGGACGAGGAGGACACUAAGUCUCCUUCCUUAGUGAACGACUGCCGCUUCACUCCGACCUACGACAAGGUGCUGGGCGUCGACCUGCGAGGACAGCGGCCUGGUGUCAACUUGAUGGGGGGCGGCCGCCCCGGAGCCGGCCCAGUGGUGGGCUUCUUUGGUCGAGGCACCGUGAAAGCUUCCUUUGAGGCCACCGCCACGUGGGAGAGUUCCUACACCAGCUACGUCUUGGCGCGGCCUGACUCGCGACUACACUCCGGGGAAGAGAUCCGCACCCGCGACCAGCUGGGCAUCACCAUCGAGUGCCUCAAGGAGUGUGACCGCCGCCGGGACCGCUGCCUAGCCGUCACGCUGGACACCUCGCCCUCCACUGCCCAGCGCUGCUACGCCCUCCAGCGCGGCACUGACAACGACCCCAACAGGCUCACCACGGCGCCCACCGUCUCCUUUUUCGAGAAAACUUGCAUUCCGGAGCGGUCCUGCGGGAAGGCGUGGGCGUUCGUGCGAGUGCCGGGCUACGACUUAGAGGUGAACGGGCUGGUCCUCAACAACGUACCCACGCGCCAGGAGUGCCAAGCGGAGUGCCUCAGGGCCACCAACAUCCCCUGCAGGUCCGCCACGUACAACAUCAGACAACGCACGUGCAGGCUGAUGGCGGAGACCAGACGCACUGACCCGGAAAAGUUCAGCCCAGCGACCCGCGAUGUGGAGUUCCUGGAGAAUCAGUGCGCGCCGGAUCCGCCAAACUGUGACUACGCCAACUACGAGGGUCGCUUCCUGCCUUACUUCGACCGCUACUUCACCAACGUGUUCGAUCCCGCGGAGUGCAAGAAGUACUGCGACAGUGAGCGGGACUUCACCUGCCGCAGCUUUAACUUCCAAUCCUUCAGGAGGGAGUGCUCGCUCAGCUCAGACGACACCUUCACCGUGGGAGGCCAGGGCGUCCUGCAGGUCGAGCGAGAUUACUUUUACUCCGAGAAGGGCGCCUGCAAGACAGUGAAGGUGGACUGCACGCCCACCGACAUGCUGGUCACCUUCUCCUUCGGCACGCCCUUCAAGGGUCGCUUAUACGCCACGGGGAACGCUCAGGCGUGCUUUGAGAUGGGCAACCGCCAGACGCAGGUGAUCCUGAGGGUACCGCUGGGCUCCACGUGCGGCACCAUAGAGGAGUCUGAUGGGAAGUUCGUGAACACGGUGGUGGUGCAGCAACACCCGCUCAUCAUGCAGGAAUCUGACCGCACCGUCAAGGUGGAGUGCUCCUUCGAGGCGGGAGACCAGACCGUCAGCUUCGCUCCGGGGUCAGACGACAGCAGGACAGGCGGCGGCAUAGACAUCAACGCGGAGCACCAGGUGGUCACCAACUUCAUCAUGGGCUCCCACAGGCGAGGCAACAAUACCAGCAGCGCGCAGUUCCGACCUGGAGGCGUGACCGACAUCAUCAGCAACACGGCGCCGACUCCUACGGUCCGCAUGCGCAUCUACAGAGCCAACGGGCAGGAGGCGAACAACGUGGACCUGGGCGAGCUGCUGACACUGAGGAUAGAGAUGGAGCAAUCGUCUGCCUUCGCUAUCUUCGCCCGCAACUUGGAGGCGCGCACGGACAACGGAGAGCUGAUGACACUUAUUGAUAACGUGGGGUGCCCACCUUACCCAAACAUCUUCCCGGAGCUGCAGCUGGACGAGCGCACCAAGAGCCUCUACGGGGACUUCAAGGCCUUCCGCUUCCCCUCCACUGCUCGCGUCAAUUUCGUGGCCACCAUCAGGUUUCUGCCAGGAUGCGUGUGAGCCGGUGCCGUGCGGGGGCGGUGUCGUCUCGUACGGGCGGCGCCGCAGGAGUGUGGGCAACAUGACGGAGGAGGAGGAGGAGGAGGACGAGCAGGAGAUGGUGCUGGAGGUGUCGACGGACGGUACAAGCGACAGUGCCUUCACCUUCACCCUUGGCUCCUCCCCUCGCAGUGUUGAUGUGCCUCUCAAGACCACGAAGAGAUCUGUCUCAUCCUCCUCUUCCACCUCCACCACCUCCACCACCACGAUCUCCACCACCACCACCCACCACCACGGGCAAGUCCACCUCCAGUAGUAGCAGCAGCAGCGCCUCCACCACCUCCACUUCACCCAGUCCCAGCUCUUCCACUUCCUCCAACAACUUCACCAGCGAGAAGGAAGCUGAUGUGGAGACGCCAGAUGAUAUUCCUGUGGCCUUGUCUCUGGUGGUGGGGGAGGAUACGAUGCCAGAAGGAUGGGACGAGAGAGGACGCCAUCGGUAUCGUGACGAGACCUACGUGGCCGACGACUACGUGUGCACGCCCACCUCCACCGUCCAUCGCCGCUGUGCUUACGCUGCUUGUCCUCCUCUGCGCGUCCGUCACUGGUUUCGUUUUCUUCUACCGCACCAAGAAGCGACACUGGCAGAAAAUGGGAAGCUGUGAGCCAUUCCCGCUUCCUCCGCAGCACCAGUGAUAAGUGACCACCCCAGCCACACCACCACCACCACCACCACCACCACCCCAGCCACAGCCACAGCCGCAUCUUCCCAUUCCGUCACCACCGCCUCCUCUCCCUCCCUCAAGCAAAGCCUGCCUCGCCCCACCACUCCGCCAGAUGCAAACAACCCUGUCAAUGCUGAUUAUGUCUCUCUCUCUCUCUCUCUCUCUCUCUCUCUCUCUCUCUCUCUCUCUCUCUCUUGCUCGUUUUUUUUCACAAUCAAGGGCAGGCACACAAAAUAAAGAAAGAGAGAGAGAGAGAGAGAGAGAGAAAAAACAACCUAUUCUCUAUUAUUCUUUCCUCUCUUAUGCAAAUUUCGGCAGCUUCUUCUUUCUCUUUGUUUAUCUUUCUUUUGGUUUUCAUGUUUUCUUUUUUUUUUUUUUCAAUCUAUUUUUGGUAUUUUGUUUGUCUAUCUGUGUUGUCUGUUUGUUUCCUUCUACAUGCCUGUCUCUCUGUUUAUUUCUUUCUGUUUUCCUUUCUCUCUCUCUCUCUCUCUCUCUCUCUCUCUUCUCUCUCUCUCUCUCUCUCUCUCUCUCUCUCUCUCUCUCUUCUUGCCUUUUACAUAAUCUUUCCUACUUUUCCUCCUUCUACUCCUCCUCCUCCUCCUCCUCUUCCUUAUCCUCCUCAACUGACCUGACUUCAGUACCUUUCCUCUCACUGUGGCUGAAGCUUCCUACACAUAAAAAAAUGAUAAUCUCCCCAGAUCCUGAACCUUUACAAUAUCCUUUAAUUUCCCCACAGACAUGAAAGAAAGAUCAAAUGUAAAUAACUUCAGUAAAAUCAACGGCAAACAAAGCAAUGGAGUUUUUUUUUUUUACGUACGUGUUAUCACCAUUUAAGUGUACAUUUGUUUUUUUUCUCUCUCCCCAGUGUUGUUGUAAUAAAUGAGUGAGGUUAAUUUGGCUUCCACGCAUAUUUUGUUUGUAUAUAGUCGCACCUGCUAAUUGGCGUGUGAUAGUCCCUUCUCCACCUCCUGUUCUUGUUUUCUCUCUCUCUCUCUCUCCCAGUCCUCUCUCAGGCUCUAUCUCUCAAGGCUACGCAGCUCCAUAACAGACAGCCCAAGUCGCAGUUCUUCAAUAGCUCGGACGUAAUGUUUCCGUGCGGCGUACGGCGGCUUCCCGGGACAGUCCCCACCUCGCCUCCAACAUGGCGGCCUUCCAACACUGCCCACGCCCUGGCGGCUAUGCAGGAGGAGUCGCCGCAGUACAAGGAAUAACGCCGCCACGCUCCUAGGCUCCUAGGACCCUGCAUGCCUGCCAGAUUAUUAUGUUAUGCUUUCACAAACCUGAUGCCCUGUCUCUCGCCCGAACAGUAACCUCCAUAGCGCACCACCCUACAUUGUAUCCCGGACACACAAAACAGUACGUGAGGGGAGGAAGAGACCGUGCAUCCCGAGCCAUCGCUGUACAGGGGGAGGCGCCGCGAGCAGCGCCUUGUGGUGUUCCCGGCGCCUUGUGUGUGGCUGGAUCAGGCCACGCCCUGGUCCGCCUCACCUGAUGGCUCAUAUUUUUAUACGACAAUUGUUUAGUUAAGACGUUCAAUCAAAUGUAACUUAGUUAUCUUUAUGGUGAUUCUUGUGUCUGAGGUUUUUGUAACUUAGAGUAGGACCAGCAAGAACCAGUCACCGGAGCCACGCGCCGGGCAGGGAGCCACGCGUGGGCGGCGCGGCGUGCCAGCCUCCCACCGCGCCCCUCCACGCCCUGCCACCCGCCCAGCCCAGCCCUGCCCCGCCACACUGCCGCCCUGGACAUGCUGCCCACGCCCAUGCCGCCCACGCCUGGCUGCCUGCACCGCACCACCGCGUACUUCUGCAGCGGUAUCCAUUUCUUGGGGAGCAAAUUCUUUUCAUCACGUGAUUGCUAAGCUUCAGUUUCCAAGGCUAUCCAAAUAUUCAUGUUGCUGCAAAUUAGUUCCUCCAGUCACGCCGCAGCCCACCUUGUGCACCAGCCUGGCGGCGCCACGUCCUCCAGUGCCCCAAGACAAGCGGCGUGAGUCCCUGCCUGCACCUCGCUCCUUGGCCUCGCCCUCCAAACGUUGCCCGUGCGUGACUAACACGGACAACCCUUGCUUGCCUCGCUACUAACUCGGCUGAGGGAUGAGUCACGGCUGCUACCUCAAACCCGCCGCGCUGCCUUGCUGUCCCAUCCACCACCACCCCUCGUCCACACUCCCCUCAGAGUACGCGGGUCCAGAAUGCUCAUCGAAGUAGUUAGUGAUAAUCAGGAUUAGGUGUAGAGGAGUAUCCUAAGGGAGUGUGUACCAGGCGAUGCCCUCACGACACGCUGCUGCCGCUCCUCUGGGACGGCACGCAGCUGUGAGUGUGUCUAUGUCUCUCUCUCUCUCUGUGUGUGUGUGUGUGUGUGUGUGUGUGUGUGUGUGUGUGUGUGUGUGUGUGUGUGUGUGUGUGAGUGUGUGUGUGUGCGGUAUGGUGCCUUUCACUCAUGUCUGCCACAAUUCUCCCUGCCCCGCGUGCUGCCGCCGCUCGGGAAGGUGCACGGUAUUGCGCGGCUCACGGAGAAUCACGGUGAUUGUGUCUACUCUUAGGGCCUCGCGUCAGCAUUCAGCGUGACGCGAUGGCAAAUACACAUUACAUUAGAAUAGUGAUAGUCGUAAGUGAAAAAAAAAAGAGCACAUCAGUACUGCUCGGCCGAGGCUUCCCUCCACUCACAUCGAUGCCUCGCGUCCUGCACCUCGGGGGACCCUCGGCCUUUACUCUUGCCGCUGCGAGACUCACACGGCGCCUGGUGUCACGGGGCGCGGCGGUGACCCCCGAGCCCAGCCGGCGUCGUGGCUGCACGCCAUUACUACUCUGUUCUGCCAAGACAUCAUCGCGUUGUUCUGAGGUGGUGGUGGUGGUGGUGGUGGUGGUGGUGGUGGUGGUGGUGGUGGUGGUAGUGGUAGUGGUAAUGGUGGUGGUGGUGGUGGUGGCUACGUGUAUUUCUAAACAAAAUCAAAUUAUAAGAUCAUUAUUUUAGUCAUUAUUUCGUAGCAUAUGUCGCGUGCCUUGUGCGCUGGUGACGGCGGCAGCCUGGCGGAGGGAUGUCCAGUACUAGCGAGGUCGUUCCUCCUCACCAUGGGUACUUGUGUUGGUCAGGAGCGAGGCGGUGGGCGGGUCACACCUCUCCUCCCAUCAUCGCCUGUCGCCUCGCAGGCUUCACAUCACCACACCCUCAUCCGCUUACUUUCCAAUACUUUCCUUUAGUUUUGAGUAUCAGUACAUUCUAAGUGUUGUAACCUGUUUGUGAGCACACCUUGCGUCACCAGCAGCCGCCGGCGGUCAGUCGGGCCGGCCAGGUAAACAGUGGCGCUGAUCCACUCCACGGCAGAUAAUGGUCCGAGUCACAGUCCAGUGAGGCGCCGCCGUGCUUCCGUGCGGCCACCGUGCAGCACAACAGUGGCGGGAGUGGCCAGAGCGGCGAGGGGCGUGCCGUGCGUGCAUGCGUGUGUCUGUGUUGAGGCUGGACUUCGUGCCGUGGAGGGAGCAGCCCAGACAGGGACAGAGUGCGGGAGUGAGAGGCUGGGGCUGGGGUCUGGAGCCCUGCCGGUGAGCGCAGCACGCCACGACACCUGACGGAGGCGGCGCCAAUAAAGACAUGUCUCCUGAA